AUGUACAUGACAAGUUUGAUGAGCCAUGGCGUUCCGGCAGGGCAGCCGCGAUGGCUCACUGGCAUCAAGGUGGCCAUGAUCCUCCUCUCACUCGUCAUCGUGGGACUCUCCGCGUUUGCUAUCACCAUUAUCAAGACAUUUGGCGAGCGCCGUUUUGCUGGCCCCGGCUCAGCAGCUUUAUUCAUCUUCACCGCCGUCAAGACUGUGUUGCUAUACGUCUUUGCGCUGGUGGUAGAGAAAAGAGUCCCUCGCUUCUUCUUCCGCGUCCUCUUUGUUGUCUCGUACGGGUUCAGCGUCUUUUUCUGGGCCGCCACCUGGGUCUUUGGUAUCAGAAUCACACGAUUUUGGUUCCUCGCUGCCGAUAGGUUUACCGACACCAGCCGGUUUGGUGAUCUUAGCGCCAGACUCAAGAAAGAGGGCAGUGUCAUGGCUGCGGUCACGGCCAUUUCAUUUGUCGUGUCGGUCUUGACACUUGUCCAUAUGAUAUUCUUCGUCAAGGCCUGCAGGAGCGAGGGCCCAGCGGGACCCUACGCCCAGCAGGCCGAACUGGGUCAGUUCCCAUACAAGGUAGAUGGCCAGCAGGGCCCGCCGAUGCCUCCUCCGCAGUACCCCUACUAUCCUCAGCCUGCAUAUGGCGGGCAGCAGCCCAUGUACCCACAGCCGCCGCCAGGGCAGCAGCCAAUGUAUCCUCCACCGCCGAGCCAAUACACACCAGGGCAAUACCAGCCUCCUCCGCAUCCAGACACAAAGUGA